AUAGACCUACUUCAAAGACACGGGACGGGAAUGAGUUAUAGCACCGGCACCAAUUCCCCCAAUCAGGGAUAAGAUAUGAGCCAUGUGACAGUUUCGGUCUCCUCCUCCUUCCUUUACGAUAAUUCAUGGAAAUAUACCACUAGUUGGCGCGAUAUUUUGAGGAGUUAGGAAGGAAAUUCAAAUUUUAAGGCUGCAGGAGAUUCGGAGUUUGUAGUUCGCUGAUUGGUCAGGGCUCAGCUCGUCGGAUAAAAAGGGGCGGAUCCUCAACCGUCAUAUUACUGAGAGGGAGCGCAAGUCCCCAACUCCUCCACCGCGGUCAGCUGUUGCCUUGUUCACCUCAGCAGGGCGCUUCCGUGUUGUUUCCUUCUCUUUCUGCGGGAUACACUGUAACCUGUUAGGUGACCGGCAGCGAUCCAACAAACUUUCACAGUCCACUUUACGGAAGGACAUUUGAUUAUACAAAUGCUCUUUUACAAACUGCGUUAGUAACUUUGAUUUAGUUGGAGUGAGUUUAGCCAUGGCAGACGCCGACGGCCGGGAUCGCGCGGAGGAACAGGGCGCCGCGGGGGGCGAAGAUGUCAUCGAUGACCCCAUCAUGGAGCAGGGGGCUUUGGUUCUGAGAGGGUACGUGAUGCACCGUAUCGGCGACAUUGACCCGGCCAUGCAGGUCUCCUCUGAGGACCUGGGUGGGGCCCGCAACGAGCAGCAAGACCCUCAGAUCAAGGCGGUGGUGGAGCAGCUGCUGCAGAUCGCCGACGACCUGAACCAGAACGCCGAGCUCCAGAGCCUGAUCAGCCAGGUCCAGGGGAACUGUGUCCAGGACGUCUUCAUGAAGGUGGCUAAGAGCAUCUUCAAUGACGGCAUCACCUGGGGACGUGUGGUGGCCCUCUUCCACCUGGCCUACAAACUCAUCUACAAGGCGCUGACCAUGAACCACAUGGAGAACAUCCGGAUCAUCAUCAGCUGGGUGCUGCAGUUCAUCAGGGAGCAGCUGCACACCUGGAUCGCUCAGCAGGGGGGCUGGGAGGGCGUGGUCAGGGGUAUCUCCCGCUGGCGGACGGUGACGGCGCUGGCCUCCGUGGUGCUGGUGGUGGCCUUCGUCUACUACAGGAAGUCGCGCUAGCGAGCCCCGGAGGCACUUCCUGUGGAGGGAAGCUCAGUCAUCCUCCACACACUACUCCCUCUUCCGAGGCCCAGAGCCGUCUCCCGCCGUAGCACUCCUUCCCGUCGCGUCUCAGGGGUCCAAGGACUAAAACAUGCAAUAGAUAAAUCAGGAAGGUGUGAAGCGUGCUGUUGUGGAGCAGGUGGAUGGAAAUCGGAGCUGGAUGAUGAGGAAUGUGCUUUUUUUUUUAUUCUGCUUUACUGGCUGGGGGGGAAACUUUACCAACCAAGUUUGUUUUUAUCGUUAUUUUGUUCAUGUUGUGGAUUCCCGCUUGUCAGCGGAAAAUUAUCUCUGCUCAACAGGUGACCUUAUGUUUAUUUUUUUUAAGGAUUUAAGGUUGGGGUUUUUAAUUGCAGGGGAUUUGCCCUCAUCGUAAAAAAGCCCUUUGAGACUGUAAUGGUUAUCUGAGGGCAAAAGGGAAAUAAAAAAUGAAAUUGCAAAUACGAAUUUACACUUUCAAUAAUUGUUCUGUAGGAUGGAUGACCAAGUGUUCUAUGAAUCAAUAUUUUGUAUGGGAAGAUGUGCCAUCUAUGAAUAUAUCUUUAUAAUCCAAA